AUGUCUGAAAAUGAAAAUGAUGACAAAUAUGAUGUUUCAUCUAGUUGUGAAUCUGAAGAUGAUCAUGGAAAUGACAUGCCACCAGAAACUAAUGAUUGGGUUAUUGUCAAUUUAAUAUCAAUGAAAAAUUUGGUACAUCGUUAUGUUGGACAAAUUCAUUCUGUUACAGAUUCUGAUGAAAAAAGACACAACUACAUGAAGUACAAAAUGGGCUUCAGUCGGAAGAUACUUUUGGCAGAUGAGACUGUUUCUACUAAAUUUUAUUGUCAAGAGGAUCGCAAAAGACGGCUAUCUGAUGCUGGACCUUCUGGUAAAGUGUUCCUUAAAAGACAAAGAGUUAAUCUUGUCACAAAAUGUCUCCAAACACAAAGAACUACUGAAGUCCAUACUGCAUGUUUACAAAAUGAUGAUGAUAUGAUACAACAAAUUAUUGAGCUUAUAGAAGCACCAAAACUCAAGACAAAGAAACAGUCACCGACCUUAUUAUAA